UGUUCUUCUCGUGGUGUGCAGUAGUUUUUUGCAGGUCUUCAUCAUCAUCUUCAACUUUUCUCCAAGUUUCUCUCUACUUUUCAACUCUAAGAAUGACUGAAUAUCAUCGCCCCGACCAAAAGAAGGUCCAGGCAUUGAAAGACAUAGCUAAUAAGCUGAGAAUUAACAGCAUUAAGUCUACAAAUGCAGCUAAUUCUGGCCAUCCAACAUCAUGUGCUUCUAUGGCUGAGAUCAUGUCAGUGCUGUUUUUCAAUACCAUGAAGUAUAAAGCUACUGACCCUGCUGAUCCAUCAAAUGACAGAUUUGUGCUUUCUAAGGGUCAUGCUGCUCCUGUUCUGUAUGCUGCCUGGGCUGAAGCUGGUCUUUUCCCUGAAGAACGUCUGAUGACAUUGAGAAAGAUUGACUCAGAACUUGAAGGACACCCUGUCCCUGAGAGACAAUCAUUUGUGGAUGUUGCUACUGGGUCUCUUGGCCAGGGGCUGAGCUGUGCCUGUGGGAUGGCCUACACUGCAAAACAUUUUGAUAAGUCCAGCUAUCGUGUGUUCUGUGUAUUGGGUGAUGGUGAAAGUGCUGAAGGAUCUGUUUGGGAAGCCAUGCAUUUUGCCAGCUACUACAAGCUUGACAAUUUGGUUGCUGUUUUUGAUGUGAACCGUCUUGGACAGAGUCAGCCCACCUCUCUGGAACAUGACAUGGAAACAUACAGGAAAAGAGCCGAGGCAUUUGGUUGGAAUACAAUAGUUGCAGAUGGACAUGACAUUGAAGCUUUGUGCCGUGCAUUUUAUGAAGCAGAGAUCUCAAAGGAUCGCCCUACAUGUAUCCUAGCCAAGACUUACAAAGGAAGAGGAUUYCCAGAUGUUGAGGACAAGGAGAACUUCCAUGGCAAACCUCUUGGCAGCAAGGGUGUUGAAAUUAUUGCUCACCUUGAAAAACAAAUAAACAGCUUUAAACAUGACUUGAGGCCUGGCGCUGUUGAAGCUACUGUCCCAGAGAUCAAAGAUGAACCAGUAAAACUAUCACAGCCACCCAACUAUAAGAUUGGAGACAAGGUUGCAACUCGUAAUGCUUAUGGAACUGGACUGGCUAAAAUUGGUGAGACAUGUGACCGUGUGGUGGCCCUAGACUGUGAUGUUAAGAACUCCACCUUUUCUCAGACCUUCAAGAAAGCAUUCCCAGACCGCUUUAUUGAAUGUUUUAUUGCUGAGCAGAACAUGGUUGGUGUUGGUGUGGGCUGUGCUACACGUGCUCGAACUAUUCCAUUUGUUAGUACCUUUGCUUGCUUCUUGUCACGUGGCUAUGAUCAGAUUCGUAUGGCUGGCAUCUCCCAUUCCUCUGUCAACUUCUGUGGCUCUCAUGUGGGCUGUUCAAUCGGAGAGGAUGGUGCUUCACAGAUGGCUCUAGAAGACUUGUCUAUGUUCCGUAGUAUUCCUCACUGUGUAGUGUUCUAUCCAUCUGAUGCUGUUGCCUGUGAAAGAUCUGUUGAGUUAGCAGCCAAUUAUAAAUACAUGACAUUUAUUCGCUCAUCUAGACCUGCUACUCAUGUUAUUUAUAAUAAUGACGAGACGUUUGAGAUUGGCAAGGCUAAGGUGGUGCAUCAAAAUGAGAAGGACAAGGUUCUUGUUGUUGGAGGAGGUGUGACUUUACAUGAAGCACUGAGUGCUGCAGAACAGCUGGCUAAAGAGAACAUCCAUAUCAGGGUGAUGGAUCUGUUCACUGUCAAACCUAUUGAUAAGGAAGGGUUGAUUGAGCAUGGCAGAGCUGUAGGUGGUAGAAUUGUUACUGUUGAGGACCAUUACUAUGAAGGUGGUAUUGGAGAAGCCAUUUGUUCUGCUGUAGCUGAAUUAGGUGAAUUCAAAGUGCAUCGUAUGGCUGUACCUCGUGUGCCUCAAAGUGGACCUUCUACAGCCCUCCUGGAAAUGUAUGGCAUCUCUGCCAGUAGCAUUGUGAAGAAAGUCAAAGCGAUUCUGGCUUAGACCACCACUUAUGUAUGGACUGAUCAAUAUUGUACUAAGAUACUUAAGACAGGGGUAAUAGACCACACCCAUAAAGGGUCACUAAGACAAAGGAAACCAUCUAUAUUCACUUGUAGCUUGCUUAAACUCAGAUUUUCAUGUAGGCAUUCUAUCUAUCAGUUGUGAUUAUCUUAUCUAAUAUAGACCAAAAACAAGACAAUGACACAUGAAGUAAAACUCAAACGGCAGUAAUAGUA